AAGAUACCGGACGCUCCCCAGCUCUGAAAAUGCACAACAAAGUGAGAAUGCAACAGUUCGCCACCAUUAUUUUGAAGGAGACGACUUCUAGCUAGCCUGCUGUCUUCAUUAUUUCUGGAAGCGUCCUAAUAAUAAGAGCACCCAGUUGUUUCCCACCAAACAAUUUCUUCCCCCGACAAACUCGCCCCAUCCAUUCUCACCAGCCACCAGCAACAUCGUCAUGUCAAAUCCAGUUGUUCUGAACGAUGCUAUCCAAGCGCAGGUGUCUAGCCUUCCCUCGCGGGUGGAAUCUGAUUCCAUGCCGGGAGAAUUGACCAUUCCAGCUGGCACUCUAUGGGGAGCACAAACGCAACGAUCCCUGCAAAAUUUUCCUAUUGGAGACCUGGAAUCCCGCAUGCCCUUGGAAAUUGUAAAGGCCAUGGCCAUUGUCAAGAAAUGCUGUGCCAAUUAUCACGCUACAAUUGGCAAGCUCCCCAAGGAAAAAGCCGACGCCAUUAGUCAAGCCGCUGCCGAAGUCUUGGAGGGACAGCACGAUCGCCAUUUCCCACUCGUCACAUUUCAAACGGGAAGUGGCACACAGACCAACAUGAAUGUCAAUGAGGUAUUGUCCAACCGAGCCAUUCAAAUUCUAAACGGCAAAGUCGGAUCCAAAAGUCCCGUCCAUCCCAACGAUCACGUCAACAUGGGACAGUCGUCCAAUGAUUCCUUCCCCACGGCCAUGCACAUUUGUGCCGCACAAAUGUUGCACCAACGAACACUGCCGGGAUUGAAAAUGUUGCUGGAAUCUCUGCAAGCCAAGGCGACCGAAUUUGAAUCCCUCGUCAAAAUUGGACGGACGCAUUGUCAAGAUGCCACACCGCUCACGCUGGGACAAGAAUUUGGUGGUUACGCCCAACAGCUUGCAUACGGAAUUUCGCGGAUUGAAACAUCAGCAUUGCCCUGUCUGUAUCGAUUGGCAUUGGGAGGUACUGCGGUUGGUACAGGAUUGAAUACCGUCGAAGGAUACGAUCAAGCCAUUGCGGCAGCCAUUGCCAAGGAAACUGGAUUGCCGUUUGUCUCGGCGCCCAACAAAUUCGAAGCCUUGGCGGCCCACGACAGUCUUGUCGAGGCGAGUGGCGUCCUCAACACCAUUGCCUGUUCCCUCAAUAAAAUUGCCAACGACAUUCGACUCUUGGGCAGUGGGCCGCGAUGUGGAUUGGGAGAACUCUCCCUGCCCGCCAACGAACCAGGAUCCAGUAUUAUGCCCGGCAAGGUCAAUCCGACCCAGUGCGAAGCCAUUACCAUGGUGUGUGCCCAAGUCAUGGGAAAUCACACCACCAUUACCUUUGGCGGUGCCCAAGGACAUUUUGAACUCAACGUGUUCAAACCAGUCAUGUGUGCCAACUUUCUCCAUUCGGCCAAGCUGAUUGGCGAUGCGAGCAAGUCCUUUGCGGAACGAUGUGUCAAUGGCAUUGUAGCGAAUACGGAUCGAAUUCAUGAACUCUUGCAUGGAAGUCUCAUGUUGGUGACGGCUCUCAAUCCGCAUAUUGGGUACGACAAGGCCAGUGCCAUUGCCAAGAAUGCGCACAAGAACAAGACCAGUCUCAAGGAAGCCGCUGUGGCCAGUGGACACUUGACGGCAGAGCAGUUUGAUGAAUGGAUCGUACCGGAACAAAUGAUUGGACCCAAAAAGGCCUGAUUGCAAUUCAUCCAUGGAAACUUUCGGUUGUAGCACUUGCAUAGCUCUAGCUAGAAUACAUUACUAAAUACAGUGCAAUUGAUGUGCAAGG